AUGGCAAAAAAGAGAGCGAGAGAAGCCGACGGUGCGACAGAAGCGGCCGACAAAAUGGCCGUGGACGGUGAUGAUAGCUCAGACGACGAGGACUUCGACAUGGUGAACGUCGAUUUCGAGUGGUUCAACUUCGAGCCCGAGAUUGACUUCCACGGCACCAAGUCGCUGCUGCGCCAGCUACUAGAUGUAGACCACUCCCUAUUCGACAUCUCGGGCCUAGCGGACCUGGUUCUCUCCCAGCCGACCAUCGGCUCAACCGUCAAGGUCGAUGGGAAGGAAACGGACCCUUACGCUAUGUUCACGGUGCUAAACCUGCAGGAGCACCGGAAGAAGAAACCCCUCGCAGACCUGACCAAGUACCUGACCCAAAAGGCUCAGACGACGGAGUCACUUUCAUCAAUACCGGGCGUGCUCUCGGCGGGGAACCACGUGGGCCUUGUUCUUUCAGAGCGACUCAUUAACAUGCCGUCCGAGAUCGCGCCGCCCAUGUACGGGAUGCUGAUCGACGAGGUGGAGGCGGCCGUCGAGGACAAGGAGCCAUACGAGUUCUCGCACUACCUGAUCCUGUCCAAGACGUACCAAGAGGUCGAGUCGACGCUCGACAUGGGCGAGCGGAAAAAGAAGAAGGGCAGGCAGGAGGCCGCCAUGUUCUAUUUCCACCCUGAGGACGAGGUGCUGCAGAAAUAUGCGGUGGCGUAUGGGAGCUACACGUUCACGAAUCAUGAUGAGGCUGUGGCGGAUAGCAAGCGGGCAUUCCAGGAGUUGGGUGUUAUGCCGAGCGGGUUUAUGAUUCUGAUUGAGGCUAGCAAGUUCGCGGAGGCGGCGAAGGCUGUUGGGGAGUAUUUGAGUCCGCCAUCAUAG